AUGGGCCAAACGUUGGCAACGUGGGUCAUUGUCCAUGGGCCCAAGUCUCCUAAGGAGGUGGUGAGCGUACAGGCACUUCGCGAGAGGUACCUGGAGCCGCACCUAACGACCCGAGGUCAAUACAAGGCACGCCUUGACAUGCAAGCAAGUGUUGCACCGGUUCCACCGAUCGAGGGUAUACCCAUUCUCUUGUUCGCAGGCGAAAUAGUGAGCGAAGAAGACGAUGCCUUCGUCCGCUAG